AUGGAACAACCAGAUGAUAAUAAAACGUUUCAGACAACAAUCAUGUUUACAAAUCCCAAUACUGGUGUUGAUGCGGAUUUAUUGAAAGUUGAUGGUGUAAAAUCGAAAAUGAAUUUAUACGUGAUAGCAUUAAUUGAAUUUGUAUUUACAAAACAACAACUAGUUGAUUUAAACUCAUUACAAGUAAAACAAGAUUAUCGAUAUCAGUUGACUGAAGCAACAUGUUCUUUCUCGGCUUCAUCAAAUGAUCAAUUAUCAUUACUGUUAGGUGAUGCAGUUUAUAUUAAAGAAGAAUGUGAUGAAUGGUAUUAUGGAUGCUUGGCUAAUAAUCCUCAAAUUGAUGGAAUUUUUCCAAAAUCAUUUGUUCAUACUAAAACAGUCGUUGUUGAGAAUAAUCAAUAUCAUUUGGAACAGUUUUAUACAGAUGAUCAAAAGACAACAUAUAAUCUUGUCCAUAAAAUAAUGCUCCAACUUAUCCGUAGUAGGCGACGUUUGAUCCGUCGUAGUCAUACAAAUGAAGAGCUGAUUGAACUUAAACAAACUAUCGUUGAUGCAAUUGACAAAGGAACUAGUCUAUUAAAAUUGGAUUUGAUUGUUCGUGACACAAAUUUUAAUUUGGCAAAUCCAUCAAAAACAAGUACACAUAAAUUACUUUCUUUGCUUCGUGCGGUUAAAAAACCACUGGAUGAUAUUGAAAAACCUCGUACUCAUGGCGAUUCAUCAAACACAUCUACACAAUCAAUGUUAGUAACACUUGAUAAGCUUGAACUACCAGUAGUCGAUAAUUCUGCUGAGUUAUGGCUAACAUUAUACGAUGUUAUUUCUACAGACGAUGGAAUGAAUUUGCUUCCAAGUGAAACGUUUGUUAUUCGACAGAAGGAUGCGUUACGCUUAAAUGAACAUAGAGUAGCAUUUACUGAUAUAAAUCGUAUGCGAUGUUUAAAAUCAAUGUCAUCUGCUUCCACGUCUCAAUCAUCCGUCAAAUAUCUAGUUUUAUAUGUAAUAAGAAUUGGUACAAUGUAUGAAAUGAAAGAUACUGACAAUACAACAAAAAAAAUAAAAAAUGAAACAAAUGAUUUAAGGCGACCGUGCUUAGUUGCUUUAAUUAAUAUCACACAACAACUAGAUUGUCACACACGAAUGCAAGUUACCACAUCAGAUAAAGAACUUAUAAUACCGUUUGGAUUCAUUUCUUGGGAUGAACGUGAUACGUUGGCAUCUAUUAUUCAAAAAGCAGCAAAAUCCAAUGAUGUUGAUUUACCAAAAAAGUAUACAAUUAAAUUACAAAUUUUGCCAGGUGGAUAUCGUGAGCUUAAAAACGAUUAUCCACAUAUAUUACAUGGAGAUGUACGGAUUUGUCGAAAGCUCGAUUUUCCAGAUGUGAUCAUGCCCGAUGAUCUUCGCAAUGACAUAUACAUAACAGUACAUGGAGCUGAGUUUAGUAAAGCUGGUAAUUACGAAUAUACAUCUGAACUUUGCGAUGAAAAUGAAAAUCCAAUUCGUGGAUUAUUAAAUGUUGGUGUUAAUUGUACAACUGAUGUUGUUCAUCGAUCAGUGACUAGCACGAAAACAGACAAGCCGAAAUGGAAUGAAACAUUCCGAAUAGCUAUUCCAUUUUCUUUCAAAGUAGAAGAUAUGCGUCAAUAUCAUGUCAGAUUCUUAUUUCGACAACGUCAUACGAAUGAAAUAAAAGAUAAAGCAGAGAAACCGUUUGCACUCGCAUUUUUACCACUGAUUGAAAAAGCUGGUACUGUUAUUCAGGAUGGAAUUCGUCAUUUGAUUGUCUACAAGAUGAUGCCGCGAAAAAAUGAUAUGGUGAAUGGUUAUAUAAACCUUCAAGCUGUACAAAUAAGCGCUCCUGUAAAUGUAAAUGGUUAUAAUAAUACUAGUCGUCUAUCAUUAGAUGAAGCAUCAUCUCGCUUUUAUCAACCAUCUGAUUAUUUCUCUCCAAACUAUCGCGAACAUUUUGUCGUCCAUGUCAAAAUAGUUUCCACACAACUUACCCAAAUACCUGUUAUUUUAACAUUGUUAACAUGGACACCCGAUUCAUCUGUUGAUCUCGAACAUUUGUUAAGUGAACUUGUACACUAUAUGGGCGGUGAACGGCAAACAUUGAACGAGCAAUCACCAGGUAUCAGUGAACGUACUAAUGUAUUAUCAUUGGAUAUUAUUGAUCGUGCUGCUGAAGUUGUUAAAAAUCUCAAAGAUAUACUUGAUAAAUUAUUUAUCAUUUUGACAUCACAGAAUACUGACGCAAAUGUAAAUGAAUUUCAUCGAAUUCAGUUGAUUGCAUUUCAUGCUUUGAUAUGUAUUCUCGAUUUACUUUCAAUGAAACAAUUUGAAUCAUUUCGUACUGUACUUGAUGACUAUAUUAAAAAUAAAUUUAGUUCAACAUUGGCACACAUUAUUCUUCUCGAAUUAAUCGAUAGUACAUUAAAUAAUUAUCUUUUACAACGUAAAGAUGAUAAUCAUUGUGUUAAAAUGUUAAAACAAUUGGAAUAUCUCUUCAAACUUGUUGUACGAUCUCGUGUUCUAUACACUAAUUGGAAAACAAAUGCGGAAGCAGCAAUAUUUGAUCAAUUAAUUAAAAAUGUAUUACGUUCGUUUACAAAAUUACUUUCAAUCACCGAUGAUCAAUACUCACCAGCUCAAGGCAUUGUACUCAAACUGUAUCCAUCAAUGGUGUUUGAAAUGGUUUCUGAACGAGUAUUUAAUCCCGUAAUAUUAAGUGAAAUAACAGCAAAAGAAUUUCUUGCAGCUCUUCCAUCGAAACGUUUAACUAUUUCAAAAUUACGUUGUCUCAAUGAAUUAGCUCGUGGACCAUUGAUUUCCAUAGCAGAAAGUCGUUCUGUUCUUCUUGAUGUUAUAAUGGCAGAUGUGUCGAGUUUAUGUAACAUAUUCAUUAGAGAACGUCAAAAUUCCGAAGAUUUUCGUGCAUCACAAUCCCAACAAACAUUUCGUCGAGCCGAUUUAUCAACAUCAUUUGCGUUAGAUCAGAGAGAUCGUGAUAAUUUAACAUGGUGUGCUAAAAUUGUCGGCAAUACAUCGUCAGAUAUAUUUGCUGUUACCAAACAAAUUCUUCGAGUAUUUAUGCAAAUCUUACUUGUUAUUCGAUCGAAGGACCGUGAUUUACCAAUUGCUUUUGGUACAGGUAUUAUAGCUAUACUACGAUCAAUGGAAGAUCAUCAUUACAGUGAUUAUUUAAAACCUAUGGAUGAAAUAAGUUUAAUCGAUUUUUUUUUCGAUGCAUUUGGUCUUAUCAAGGAUUUAGUUACAACACCAUUAUUUCCGAAUGAUUGGUCUGAUAUGCUUCUAUUACAAAAUGCUGUAUUAGUUCGUGCCACAAACAAAUUUGCAUCUCGUCUAUUAGAAGAUUUAUCACGAUUUAAUGAACAAAUGGCUACGAUUUGGCGUCUCUAUUUUCAAUGUAUCGAAAACCUCAUCACACAACCAUGUUUACAAUUGGAAAGCUUUACAGCAAAUAGACGAAAGAGAAUAUUAUCUAGAUAUAAAGAUCUACGUAUUGAAGCAUCAAACGAUUUUAAGCAAAUGUGGUUUCGACUGUGUAAAAUAGCUGGUAUUCUUAUAGUAGAUUUCUUAUUUCGUUUGAUUUUUAAAUUAAAACUGUUAGCACGUGCUUGUCAAAGAGAAAACGAACAUAACAAAAUGCAUUUUAUUCCAAGUCAAGUUUAUGGUGCUGUGAUUGUUGCACUUAUACCCGUGAAAGAUAUUCGAGUUUCAAUGUUAAGAAUUUUAUGUGAUAUGAUUUAUGUUGAAAGUGCACGAAAAACUAAUUUUUCACUAUUUGAAAAUGAAUUUAUCACUGUAAUGGAUAAAUUUGCCAACGAUCAUCGUUUAGAUAAAGGAUUUAAAGAUUUUUUUACAAGCGGUGUUGAUGAAUUUUGUAAAGAAAAACGUUUGUCAAAAGAUGGUUCACGUUUUGUUGAUAUGGUCAAUAAUCAAUUGUCAAGACUGAUAGAGUUACGAACAGUGGUAACAGAUCAUACGGCUACACUUGAUUUACAAAUGCAUUGUGUUCGAAAUUUAAUGUGGAAUAAAGAUGAAAUUCUUGAUGAUACACAUUUGAAAAAUUCAUCAUUUCAAAAAUUGAAAACUCAUUGGGAAUUGAAAAAAUGUCUUUAUCAAGAAAUUAUAAAAUGUUUUGACGAUGGUCAGUUAUGGGAAAAAGCAAUUCAGUUCUGUAAAGAACUUCAGACACAGUAUGAAUCUGUUUUCGAUUAUAAAAGUUUAAGUUUACUUCUGCAACAUCAAGCCAAAUUGUAUGAUAAUAUAAUGCACAGUGCACGGUUUGAAAUUGAAUAUUUUCGUAUUGGAUGUUAUGGUACUGGAUUUCAUGAUUUUUUGCAAAAUAAAGUAUUUGUUUAUCGAGCUGAAGCUGGUCAGCGACUACAUGAUAUAAGAGAAAAAAUGCAAACUCUUUUUCCAAGUGCAGUUAUGAUCGAUCCCAUUACUCAGAUAGAUGAUGAAUAUCGUGGUAGUGCGUCUCAAUAUAUUCAAAUUCAAUCUGUCCAACCAAUAUGGAAUAAAGAUGAAAGAUUUUCUAGUUGUCCAGUUGCUGAAGCAAUUCUGCAGUAUUAUCGUUGUAAUGAAAUUACACGUUUUAUGUAUACAAGAACGUUUAUUCGUGAUGAAGAUCGUAGUGCGACACUUGAUAUUGCUAAAUACUCGUCUGAACGGUAUGAAUUUUCCACUUCACUUCCUCUACCAAACGCAGCACAAUGGAUUUCAUGCGGUGAAUCUGUUAAAACAGUUCUUAGUCCGUUAGAGAAUGCUGUUCAAAUGCUUGAUAAAACGCAUAGAGAAUUAAAAGCAUUGGUCGAGGCAAAUGAAAUGGAUAAGGAGCUUAAUGUAACACCAUUGUUUGGAAAAACAGCCGGAAUUCUAGAUGCUGCUGUUAUGGGAGGAAAUGUGGUGGUUGAACAGGCAUUUUUAUCCGAUGAAUAUUUGACUGCCCAUCGAGACGAUCAUACACGAGUGUUAAUUGAAAAUCUUAAACAAAAAUUAGUUGACCAGAUACCAUUGUUAGAAAGAGCGUUGAUAAUUAUGAAAGAAAAAGCAAAACCAGAAGCAUUUCCACAUUUUGAACAUUUACGUAAUAUUUUUAUGCAAAGACAAAAAACAGUAGAACGGCAAUAUGGCAAAAGGGCUCGAACUGACGGACGACAAAUUGACCGAAUGAGUCUCAUUGGACCAGGAAGUGAUUUUUCGUCCAAUAUUUCGUCUCUCAUUAUACGAUCCAAUACACAAUCUUCGCUCGAUACUGGCAUUUCAACCCCAACAAAUACAUCAGAGUUAUCAGUAGCUAGUCGUACAUCUUCUUCAAAUUCGAUAUCUUUUUUCAAACCAACGACAACAUCAUCACCACAAAAAACAGCAAUUGAAUUACGUGAAGAGUUACGUUCUCAAAGGCCACGACGACCACGGCAAGCACCGUCAUUAAGCUCGUCAGCUGGAUCACUAAGUGGAAAUGAAUCGAUAAAUAAUAUUGAUUCUAACGUAUCAGGAAAUUUUGUUGUUGCGUCUGCUAGUCAAACAUUAACCGCAUCGACAUUCGAUGAUGUGAAUAAUCAGCCAUCAUCUAUAUCACAUAACAAUCUUUCAAAUAUAUCACCUAUUCAUCAUUUCGGAGUGAAGUUAAAGACAUUAACAAAAUCUUCGGAGAAUCUCUUGGACAAUACUCCACAUCGACCGCCACCUAAACCACCUAAAUAUUCUCAUCAGACUUGA